UACCCGGAUGUACCGGAGUUACGCGGCCGGACGUGACGUAGAGUCCGGCCUGGCGGAACGCGGAAGUAAACAGUAGCAGGGUUAGCUUGUAGCAGGAUUAGCUUGUAGCAGGAUUAGCUUGUAGCAGGAUUAGCAGCAGGUGAGUUCAGACUUACCUGUGUAAGAAACACCUGGAUGUCACGCGCCCUCGUGCCGGGAGAACAUGACGCAGCCAUGACGCUGAAGAACCGGAUGUGAUGUCGUGGUGAUGUCGUGGUGAUGUCGUCGGUGAAGCAGCGGUACCGUGACAUCAGUCCUGUGACUCUGCAGCUGGUUGGCGGAGCUGUGAGCUCCAGUCUGUACUGUGGGGAGGUGGAGGGUCUGUCGGGGGGUCUGGUAGAGUCCUUUAUGGUGGAGCUUUAUCGCUGCAAACUCUGUCAGUUCACCUGCGGCCUGAAGGCCUCCAUCAGCAGCCACCUGCAGGUCAGGCACCGCCCCCCCACGCUCACGUACCUGGGAGGGGGCGGGGCUGAGGACAGGGAGGAGGCAGGUCUCCGGCGGGGGGCGUCGCCCUAUCAGUUCGAUCUGAACGGAGAGUCGAAGCAGAGCGACGAGGACGAAGACUUCCUGCUCUACAACAUGCUGGACAACAUGAGCCCGCCCACCUGUGACAUCAGCAGCGAGGGGGGGCUGCAAGUUGCACACACCUGUCAGCACUCUCUUCGAGGAGGACUCGUCCAUGUUCCCUCUGAAGGGGGGCUCAGUGGAUCUGUCCUGUCCCAUCGACCCCCCCGCCACCCAGGAGGAGAUGGCCCAGUCCGCUCACCUCAUGACUUUGGGCCUGUGCCGCAUCUCAGCUGCCAAACCUCCUCCUGCUCCUCCUGCAGCCUCCUCCAGACCCCCCCUCCCCCUGAGCCUCCCCCCAGCCUGAAGCAGAGCGGGGCGGAGGUCCAGCAGACCAGGCUCUCCUGUCCCCUGUGUCCAGUGAUGCUGCCGUCCAGGAGGCUGCUAGACGUCCACGUCCGCUCCCACCGGGCGGCUGGAGAGUUCAGCUGCGUCCGCUGCAGCUGGACGGCCGACAGCUGGGAGGAGCUGGAGCCUCACUGGAGGAGCCACUGCAGGAGGAGGAGGAGGAGGAAGAGGAGGAGGAGGAGGAGGGAGGAGGAGGAGGAGGAGGAGGAGGAGGAGGAGGAGGAGGAACUGAAGCAGAAGGAGGAGGAGGAGGAGGAGGAGUUCAUCUGUCCCGUCUGUCUGAGGAGGUUCAGGAGCGCAGCCUCACGAGAAGCUCACCAACAAACACGUGGCGGCUGCAAUCGGCGUUGCCACGGCGACCGCUCAGACGGAUGGAGGAGCCGUCUGAUUGGACGAGCAGGAGUGACGGAGGCAGAUGGUCCUGACAGUCAGACCAGCAGACGUCACACAGAUUCACGGCCGACCGUCACAGAGAAGAGGAAAAAAACCAGUAGGAGGAAAGCAGAAGAGAAGCGGGGCAAGAAGACGGCCUUCUGCUGCUCCCUGUGCCACAGGAAGUUCUCCACCAAGCUGACUCUGAGGCGUCACCUGGGAACGCACGCCGCCGACAAACCCUUCACCUGUCACACCUGUCCCUACAGCAGCAGACUGAAGGCCUCACUGCUGCAGCACCUCAGGACACACACAGGUGAGAAGCCGUACAGGUGUGCUGAGUGUCCGUAUGCUUCAAUCGAUCGCAGCUCUCUGCUCCGACACACGAGAACUCACAGUCUGGAGAAACCGUACAGCUGUCAGCUCUGUGACUACAGCAGUAUCCAGAAGAAGAGUUUGGACCUCCACGCUCGCCGUCAUCACACUGGCGAGGUGUUUCCAUGCCAACGGUGUGAUUACUCAAGUCCGGACCGUCAGCUGCUGCUGAGACACGUCCGCAGACACCACGACUGUGACCUCACAGGAGAUCGGACACUUUGAUUGGUUUGUCAGUUCGUGGGCGGGUCUACUGUCCCAUUUGAUGUUUUUAAUUGGUUGUUUUUAAUCUGCUGGAUUUUUACAUGAAAGUAAAACAUUAAAAAAAAACUUAA